CCAUCAGUGAGUGAGUGUGUGUGUGUGUGUCUGUCUGCCGCCGGCUUCACUCGCCGCUGAGCGCCUGAUUAUUUUUACGCCGUCGAGUCUGGCGGUGAAAUCCAGGUCAUCUCCUCCGGAUCACAGCCAGCGCGGCUCAGGCUUCAGCUCUCCGCGGACUCACACUGCCAUUUCCUCAUUCCACUCUGCAGAGCUUGACUUUGACAUCAGCUCUUCUGGAGGACAUGUGAGCUUGCGGUCUGAAGGAUGAGGUGGGGUGCAUUGAUUAGCAUGCUGCUCUGCUGAGAAGAGUUUAUCCACGCAGGACGAGCGGCAGCAGCUACACGUUCCCUUCCUGAAUCGGCUCUCAGACACCUGCUCUUAAUCAAGUACCUGUCUGGAUCUUUCGCUCGCUCGCUCACACUCAGCUAUGGCUGGCUGGCUCUGGCUGGGAGGGUAAUCGGUGCGCUGGUUGCCCUGGCAACCUCACCCUGAUUCCUGCUGAAUAGAGCCCUAGUCUGUCACUGAAGACUUUUUAGCCCCCCUCCACCUUUCUCCUGAGUUUAUUUUGCCCUUUCGUGGAGGUAGAGGGCAGCUGCAGGAGCCAUGGGCUUGUGAGGUGAGAAUGGCAGCACGGCGGCUGUUUGGCCCCCAGGAGCCCUCAGGAGAUCGGAGCCAAUAACGUGGGUCCACACACGCGCAUACGGGCUGAGCGGCAGGAGCAGUAUGCAGGAGGCUGACCUACCGGCCACCAAUGCUUUCACAGAGUGCAGAUUCCAGUGCACUAACGGCAGAUGUCUGAACCUGGGCUCGCAGGUCUGUGAUCAGCUCAACCACUGUGGAGACAACAGUGAUGAGGAGCACUGCCCCAUCUCCACCCAGCAUCCUGCAUCUGCCAUCUUCAGCUCUGAACUGGAGUUUGUGCAGAUCGUGAUCAUAAUCGUUGUGAUGACUGUGAUGGUCGUGGUGGUCGUGUGUCUGCUCAACCACUACAAACUCGCCACAUGGUCGUUCCUGAGCCGGGCGAGUCAGGCACAGAGUCAGGAUCUCUCUCUGCAGCCGGAGGGUUCUCUGUGGCCAUCAGAUAAUGGGAUGAGACAAGGAGCAUCUGAGGUGGUGUAUGCUCCUCAGCCAAGGGACCGCUUCACCGCUCCCACUUUCAUGCAGCACAACCGCUUCAGACGUUUCCAGCCUACCUACCCAUACCUGCAGCAAGAGAUCGAUCUGCCGCCCACCAUCUCUCUGUCAGAUGGAGAGGAGCCACCGCCGUACCAGGGCCCCUGCACACUGCAGCUGAGAGACCCCGAACAGCAGCUCGAACUCAACCGAGAGUCGGUACGCGCUCCGCCUAACCGGACCAUCUUCGACAGCGACCUCAUUGACAUGCACAGUUCCGGUGGUGGCGGUGGGCCGCGGCCUCCCAGUAGCAACUCUGGGAUCAGUGCGACCAGCUCCAGUACCCAUGGACGCAUGGAGGGCCCUCCGCCUGCUUACAGUCAAGUAAUUGGGCAGCAGUCGGGCAUCGUACUUUAUCUCCACCAGCACAGCAAUAACCCGCCCAUCCCCGUCACUGUGCAGACUCCGCCCAGGGGGCGGACAGAUUUAAACAGCCCAGAGAGCACAAUAGCGCUGAGUAAAGACCGACAGAGGGAGGAGCUAGUUUGAGGGGGCAGGGCUAGCACACGAUUGGGCAAUGGCAAUCACUCUCCACUCACAAAGGGAAAAGGUUCUCCCUCUUGACUCUCCCUUGCACAACAGCGCUUAAUGCGUCUUUGCGACGAAAGCGAAACCAUGUGUUGUUGUUUUUUUUUGUUGUUGUUUUUUUUAAAUAACAAUAUGGAGCUGCGCUUACGAAAGAAGAUAUUACAUUUGUUUUCUGUCAGUCCAGCUGCGCUAAAACUGGGCUUUAUGCACUGCCUGGAGUCUCCCACCUUUAUUUCUCUGUAUUACUUCUGUAUAGCCGACAAAUCUAGAGACAGUUAUCCGCGCACAAGAUAGGCUUUUUGUUGUUGUAGUUAUUGUUGGUUUUAUUAUUGUAUUCCUCUCGAAAUCCCCCCUUCUGCCCAAACCACACGUGAAAUACUAGCUGUGUGGAUCAAAAAAUUAUUUUAUUUUUUUUUAAGACCGAGAUCUGUGCAGCAUGAACAAAACAAAUGCGAAAAAGGGUGAAAAUCCAAAUCCUAGUGCCAAGGUUUAUGUGGAAGGUGUCAUGGGGCGUUGACUGUCUUAAAGACUUGUUAUACAUUUAAAUCAAAACCCUUUUCUGAACUUUGCACUAUUGUUGAGGUUAAUCAGAGAAAUUUAGGAAUGAGGUAAUGGGGAGGGGUGUAUGUGUUUACGGUUUGUACUGUCGUUAUAGUUUGGUUCCGGUCAUAUGCUUCAGUUUGAGCUUUCUACAAGAGGGAAGUGAUCUUGUCUGUCUUCAGCACAAGAAAAAUCUCUGAUCCAGCCUAAAAUAACCUUGAUCUAAAAGAGGCACAGAAUACAGAGAGUCGGCUCUACUCUCAUCUAUCCGCACCACUGACACGUUCUGCCAGCUGAUCUGAGGUCAGUUGGCUGGUGGCAUGGUUGGCAUAUUGCCUAAAAAAUACUCACUUCACUAAGAGAACUGAACAGGUUUGACAUGUUUUGAGAUUGCUUUUUUUCUCCAACCUUAUUGUCAUCAUCUGUUUUUAUUAUUAUUUUUAGUAUUAUAUAUUGAUUGCAUAACGUGCAUGUAAAGGAAGACUCGGUUAAAAAAAAUUAAAAGUAUAUAGACCUUAAUAAUGCUUUAAUAAUGUACAUGUCUUAAAAAAUUUCCUUAAAGUCAUUAGUAAGAAACUGUUAUAUUAUUCAAAAUAUUAUACAUAUAUUUGAUUUUUAAUGGAAUUUUGGAAACAUUCAUGAUUUUAAGUUAACCAUUUCAUGCCUUUUGCACUCUUGUUUUUGAGUCAAAAUUUAUAAACCGGAUGAUCCUAUAAAAUAAUCCAGUUCUGGAAUUUUUUUGUUUUUUGUUUUUGGGAAAUAAUGUGGAAGAUUUUUAUUAGUAAAGUUUCAAUUAAUCAAGUAUAUAAUCAAUGUGAAUCUAGCCAUUUUUGUUUUAAAGUUAUUAUUCUAUUAAACUCUUACAGGCCUAAAAUCUAAUAGACAAGUUGCCUAUGCCCUGGAAUGCACAGAGAGAAGCAUAUGGUCAGACAUACCUUAAAGGCCUCCCCUCCCCUUGUGAUUUAUGAUGGUCUAAAAGGAGACAUGUCUAUGUGGGACCGCCCCAUGUAUGAUGUAUAUAAGGAAAAACCAAAUAACGCACGGGAGAGUUCCUUGCAACGUCCUCUCGACUUUGUUUUGUUUAAAAUAAAGUCUUUUCUUCGGUGAGAAACCCCUGACUGAGUGUGAUUCUUCUGAGAACCGGCAAAAUACACCACAGAUUUGGCACCCCAGAUGGGACUGGACAAGAGUGACAGAGUGGACAGCCGCUUUUGAGCUGACCAAUGAUCAACACAACCGGGUGGCCACCAUAAAACAAGGUAAGCAUUUUUGCUUAUAAAAUUCGUUUGUGUUGGUUGAGGUCAGUUCUGAGUGGUAAGGACACUUAAAAUCUACUCUUCCAAAUUUAGAAAAAUAGGAUAUCCAAAUUGAAAAAGGGGUUUCACUCCAGAAGAAAUAACCGCAUGCACAUAUUUGGUUUAUUGAAAGGAAAGCCUUGUAAGGUAACCUAGAUUUAAAACAAAAAGGGUGUAGCAAUGGUCUGUGUUUAUCGGAUAGCUGUGACCUAGGAAAGGGCAGUGAUAAACGGAUAAGCAGACAGAAUAAGUGGGCCCUUAAGGACGCUCUAGGUAGAGCGAGCUCUAGAAAGAGCUGUGUUUUGUUGUGUGGAUGAAACCGUGUCCGGACGAAUGACCGUAUGAACGAAGAUGAAUGUAUGAACAAAUAAAUUCCGUAUUGGGUGGGUAAGGGUCGAGCACCGUUCCUGGACCUUCACUUAGGUGUGAACCGGCAGAAUUGGACUCGUCCCAGAUCCACUUGAGAGGGAUGAAUGUAUGAUGAGCCUUGACAAUAAAAGGACAAUUAAUGAAUGAUUAUCCCUUAGAUAAAGGGAAAAAGUAUGCAAGCAUAAGCACUCUGGCUCAAUAAAGAGUGUAGCAAGUGUGAAUGGGCUUAGGGAAAUAGUAUCAAUAAAGUUUGAACCGAGAUCUAAAAUAGAGUUUUGAAAUUUGGAUGUCUGUGUGAAAGGGGAGAACAUUUUCUGAGCCCAGUACAGUGGGAGUGAGAGCAAGGGAGGAAGUUCCCACAUUAAAGAUUUAAUACAUGGGUGGACAAAAAAGGAAAGAGAAGUAAAAAUAAAAAUAAAGAAUUAUUGUUAGAAAUAGUUAUCUAAAAAGUGAUAAUAAAAUAGGAUAAAUAAAAUAGACAGUUAAAUAAUAAUAUAAAUUUAAAAAAGUGUAAACGCAUGAGACAAUAAAAAACUAAAUUCAAAAGGGUAUGACACAUAAAAAAGAAUAGAAAGUAGGUUGAAAGGGGUAAAAAAUAGUUAAAUUCAGUGAAAGGAAAGGAAGAGAUUGUAACCAAGUUACUAUAUAAAACUAAAAAGUUGAUUGUUGGUGGUAAUAAUAUAAAUAAAGAUAUGGCAGCCACACCAGUGGAAAUCCUUGGAUUAAAAAAUCCACUGUGUAAAGAGCAAAUAGACAAAAUCUCGAAGAAAUGGCAGAAGAGAACAAAAAAUAUGAUGACAAAAUGGCCAAAGGAAGGGACAUUUGAUGUGGCAUUGUGUGAGGAAAUGGAAACUCUGAUAAAAAACUAUAAAACUAAAAGCAUCAAUAUGAAAAAAGAAAAAAGAGAAACAAAACGGGAAAAAGAGAAAGAAGUACUUGCUCUGUUUAAAAAAGAAGGUGAAGAUAUGUUGAAGAGUAUAAAACAGGCUAGGAAAGUCCUGAAGGAGGCAGAGAAAGAUAACAUGAGAAAAGAAAAGUUAUUUUCAGAGCCUCCCCCCUAUCUGCCUUUAGCAAAAGAAUUCCCAUUACUCAAGGGAACCAUGGAGGUAACAGGAGAACUAGAGUUAGAAGGGCAGUUAGAGACGGAAGAUAGAGAGGAACCAGCUGUAAAAACACAGAAGCAAACUAGACAGGAGAAUGCAGAAGGUCUGCAACUCGACUGUUAUAGACAAGCACGUACAGCGUUAGAAAAAAUGAAAGCAUGUCAGGAAGACAAAACCUGGUUUGAGGAAGGAUUAGAAAGAAAACGGAGGAAAGAUAGAGAUAUUGUAGCACAAGCACAAGCUUUGGAAGAAGAAAUGGAAGAGAAAAUUAGAGAAUCAGGGAAAAAGAUCAGAGAGGUAAAUAAAUUGGAAAGAGGAAAGAGUAAGUUGUUCUAUGGUAGUGAGGAUGAGAAUCAGGCAGAGGAGUUAUUUGAGAACGGUAAAUGGGAACAGGGCAGAGAUAAAGGGACACUUAGACCACUGGCCGCACAGCUCCCAAUUUUAAUCAAGGGUGAGCAGGGACAGUAUGUCCCCUGGGCUUCACAGGACCUCGAGGGGCUUGUCACUCGCCUUCCUGAUAUUCAUGAGGGUGCAGGGAAAUUCAUUAAAGUGUUUGAAGAGGAAACAAUGGGAAAGCUAUUGGCAGUGGGAGAUGUUAAAGCUCUGCUGGCUAAAAUUCUUGGAGGGACAAAGAUGGAUGAAAUUCUUCUUACCACGACUCUAAAUAGAGCAGUGAACUCUCACAAUAUGGAUGGGAUUGUUUUUGAUGCAUUCCGCCCAGCAGUAUGGCAGGCAUUGCGUGCGGAGUAUCCGAUCAGACUGAAUCCUAAAUCACUGAAGGGAGAAGGAAUUGGAGAUUUAGAAAAUCCAACCACUUAUGUCCAAAAAGAGCUGAAAAGGUGGAAACAAGAAACUGAGGGGGAUCCCGAAAGAGACCCAUUAAUGUCAACAUUGUUUAGACAAGCUGUGAUUGAUGCUAUGCCGCCAGCGGUAAAAAGCAAGCUGGAGGAUGUGGUCGGUUUAACGUCUAAAACACACAAAGAGUUUUGUGAACAUGUGUCUCAUGCAGUGGAACAGCAAAGAAAAAAUGAACUAAAACUUAAAAGUCAAGAGAAAGAGUUACAACGUAAACUAACUCAAUUACAGCUUGAAGAACUCACAAAGAAAAAUAAGAAAAAUAUUCAAGCUUCAGUGACAAAUGCAACAGCCGAACAAAUGACUCUAAUGCCUCCAGUAAUCGCUCCACAACCUACUAUUCAGUCAAGCCCACUUACAGAAGUCCCUCCAAAUGAACACUUGAACUCUGUGCCCAUAAUAAAUGUUUAUACUCAACAGCCAGGACAAAUGGGAUGGAGAAAAAACCCCAUACAGCAAAGAGGCAGGGGCAGAGGCAGAGGCAGAGACAGGCCUCCUCCCUUGUGCUGGGGCUGUGGACAGCCCGGACACAUCAAAGCUGACUGUCCAACUCAACAAUGGCCACAGCAACCUCAGGGUAGAAGGGAGAUGAGCUGGCAACAGCCUACUCGGGGCCCAGUGCAGGGCCCAGUAAACCCUUGGGGAGGUCCCAAUCCAGGCUAUUAGGGGUGCCCAGAGAAUCCUAAAGGGGAGAGUCAGCUUCCAAUUUUAUCAACAAAAGCUGAUCAAGAGCCUAUUAUGCAGAUUAAAAUAGAGGGAGAACCAUUUCCAUUUAUGGUAGAUACGGGGGCAAAUUUAACAUGCAUUAAUUUGAAAUAUGCUUCACAUCUCCCCUUGUCUGGAAAAUUUGCAAAGACAAUAGGAUUCUCGGGAAAAAUGCAAUUGAUUCCCAUAACAGCUCCAGUGUGUCUACAAACAAAAGAUCAAAGUAUAACAAUGCCCAUUCUGGUAUCAAAUCAAACUCCUAUUAAUUUGUUAGGAAGAGAUGCAUUAUGUAAAUUAGGACUACAAAUUUGGUGUUCUCCAGAAGGUAUAUAUAUUGAUUCAAUAGGAACAGAAAAACAAAUGAUGGUUGCAGAGCCAAAAGCAAAUGUUUUUUGGAUAGGACAGAUAGAACAAGAUGUGAGACAGACAGUCAAUAAAUGGGGAAAGUUUAUUGAAGCACAGAUACCUGAAGCACAACUAUCAAAGUCUGAAUUUCAUUGCACAAUGAUGUAUGAUCAAGAAAGGGAUGAAGAUAUAGAACAGAAAUGGCAAAAAGAAACAAAAGGACAGCAGAUUGAAAUAGUCUCCCAGUACAUCAUCAUAGGUAAGGAGGGAGCAGCUUUAAACAUACCAGAAAGUGAGUUUGUCAAAAAAUGGUUCAAUGUAAAUAACUCUGUCCCGCAUAUUGCAGUAUAUGUAGGAAGAAAUUGGAAAGCAAAAGAUUUAGGACCAAUGAUGAAAAGGGCAGAACAAAGCAAAUGGGAAUCAACAGAAAACCCAUUGAUUUUUCAUUCAGCUGACAAAAAUUACAUCAAAAUUCUGUGUGCAACCAGUUUGCUGGGAAUUCCACAGGAAGUAGUUAUCAGCCAAAAUAAAAUGACACAGAUGACUACAGCAUCUGAUUUAAUAAACACAAAUGAGACUGAACUAUUUAAGGAAAUGGAGUGUCAGGUACCAACUGAGCUAUGGUCUCAACAUGAUACAGAUAUUGGAUUAAUAAAAUCAGCAAAUCCAGUAAGAGUUCAACUAAAGCCAAAUGCACGUCUGCCUAGAAAAGCACAAUAUCCCUUACGGGCAGAUGCGGAAGCAGGAAUAAAGGAGACAAUUGAAGGCUUAGUGAAGGCAGGGGUAUUGAUAGAAACUACUAGUUACUGUAACACUCCAAUUAUGCCUAUAAUCAAAUCAGACAAAAAUAGAUGGCGACUUGUUCAUGAUUUACGAACAAUAAAUGAAAUAACAGAAGAUAUGCCAGCUGAGGUACCAAACCCGCACACUUUACUGACAAAUGUCCCUCCUGAUGCCAAAUACUUUACUGUAAUUGAUCUUUGCUCUGCCUACUUUAGUGUACCGCUUGCAGAAGAGAGUAAAUAUUUAUUUGCAUUUACACUAGCAAAUAAGCAAUAUACAUAUACCAGGCUUCCUCAGGGAUAUAAACAUUCACCACAUAUAUUCAACAAGAUUUUGAAGGAUGAUUUAGAAGACCUUGUAAUAGACGGUACACUAUUACAAUACAUGGAUGAUUUGAUUAUCUGUUCUACCUCACUAGAACAAUGUCACAAAGACUCAAUUAAGGUGUUGACAAAAUUAGCAGAAGGAGGACACAAGGUGUCUAAAAACAAAUUGCAGUAUUGCCAGCCUCAAGUGGAAUACUUGGGAAGAUUAAUUGCAUUUGGUACCCGAGCUAUAGCACCAGCUCAGUUAGAAGGUAUAAGUAAAACACCGUUACCUCAGACAGUAGGACAAAUGAUGACGUUUCUAGGAAUGACAGGCUUUAGUGCCGAUUGGAUAGAAGACUAUGCAGUUAAGACAGGGCCUUUGAGAGAAAUUAUGAAACAAGCAGGAUUACAACAUUUAAGAAAUCCAUUAAAAUGGAACACAGAUGCCUUACUAGCAUUUGAAGCAAUAAAAAAAGAAUUACAACAGGCCCCUGCCCUGGGAAUGGCAGAAUAUGAUAAAAUGUUUCAUCUAUAUGUGGCAAAUAGAGUUGAUGGUUAUGCAUCAGCUGUAUUAAUGCAAGAGACCUGUAGUGGGAGGAAAAAACAGCCUAUAGCAUACUAUAGCACAAAAUUAGACAAUGUAGCCCAUGGAUACCCACCAUGUUACCAACAGGGUUUAGCUGCAGUGUAUUAUGCUUAUGAAAAAGCAUCCACAAUAACUAUGGGGUAUCCAGUAACAAUAUAUACCCAUCACAAAGUUGUGGAAUUAAUAGAACAAGGGAAAUUUGUUCUGACACAAGCUCGAAUUCUAGCCUAUUCCUCAUUACUCACAUAUCCAGAUAUUACUAUUAAAAGAUGCCAUACAGUUAAUCCAGCUGAAUUAAUUCCUUUGGCUUUUGAAGGAGAACCUCAUGAGUGUGUGAAUGAGUCCUUGGCAUUUACUAGAUUACGACCAGAUCUAGAAUCAACACCUAUUACUGAAGCAGAAGUAACUUACUUUGUAGAUGGUUCUAGCUUUAGGGAUCACGAAGGAAAUCAUACAGGAUAUUCAGUAGUGAAGAAAAACAAAAAAGAAUUUGAAUCGGUGAUAUCACAACAUUGUGUACAGCCCUGCUCUGCUCAAUUAGCAGAAUUAAAAGCUCUCACAACUGCAUGUCAGUUAGCAAAAGGACAAACUGCUAACAUUUUUACAGAUUCAGCGUAUGCUCAUGGUGUAUGUCAUCUAUUCGGAGCAGUGUGGAAACAAAGAGGUUUCAAAAAGAGUGAUGGGACUCCCAUUCAACAUAGUGAACAAAUAGGGCAAUUGAUUUCUGCUAUGAUGCUACCAAAACGACUAGCAAUAAUCAAAUGUCAAGCACACAAGAAGGGAAAUGACUAUGUCAUCAAAGGAAAUAAUGCAGCAGAUCUAGAAGCUAAAAAAGCUUCAGGGUGUCAAGUAGCAGUAUUAGCACCUGUUGUACUUAUCGAGCCUCAUCCUCAAUUGGAUGACAUUAUUCGAAUACAACAACAAGCAGGCCCCUAUGAACAAUCAAUGUGGCAACAAAGGGGAGCUAAAAAAGACUCACAGGAAAUUUGGCGUACACAUGAAGGACACAUUGUUGCACCUACUUCACUGUUGAAUAUUCUUAUUACAGAUGCACAUGGUUUUGACCAUUGUGCAAGGGGAGAAGUAGUAAGAAAAAUUAAACAGCAAGGAUAUUGGUCUCCUUAUUUAUAUGCAAUGGUGGAUGAAUUUUUGUCCACAUGUGAAGUAUGUGCCAAAUACAAUGUAAGAAAAGGCAUGGUGACACCAAUAGGCCAUAUUCCAACACCUGAAGGCCCCUUUAAACAUCUUGUAUGUGAUUAUGUGGAUAUGAUAAAGCGUGUACAAGGCAAAAGAUACAUGCUUGUUAUCAUAGACAGGUUUAGCAGAUGGGUGGAAGCAGUACCAUCCGCGGAUCUAGGAGCAGGAACUGUAAUUAAAUUCCUAACAAGAGAGGUAAUUCCUAGAUUUGGAAUUCCAUCAGAAAUAAGUUCAGAUAAUGGGUCGGCAUUCAUACAAAAAACUGUGAAACAAGUGUUGCAACAAUUAAGAAUAAAACAGAGACUAGGAUGCGUUUAUAGACCUCAGUCACAAGGGAUAGUGGAGAGGGUUAAUGGAGUUAUCAAGGCUAAAAUAAACAAAAUAUGUGAAAGUACUAAACUUAAUUGGAUUGAUGCAUUACCGCUCGCACUAAUGAGCUAUCGCAUGCAAACUAACAGGAGCACACACUUAACACCGCAUGAAAUGCUUACGGGUCGACCCAUGCCUGUGCCAUAUUGUAGAGGUCCCUAUAAAGGACCUCCUCUAGAACAAUUACAAAUGGAACUUCGCUCUUAUAUGAAGAAACUAACUGCCAUACAUAAAGCUAUCUAUUUACAGGAAAAAAGAAAAGAGCCCAGUGAGGAAUCGGAGACGGUCUGUCCAGUUGUUCCAGGGGACCAAGUUUAUCUGAGGGUAUUCCGGAGAAAAUGGAAUGAGCCCAGGAGAGAAGGACCCUACACAGUGGUGAGAGCUACUCCAACAGCAGUCCAAGUGGAGGGAAGCACAACCUGGUAUCAUCUAAACCACUGUACUAGAGUUCCCACAGGAAAGGCAGAAAGAAAGGAAAGCAGACAACCAGACAAUACAGGAGAGAGCAAUGAGGAAGAAUCAGAGACACAUGAUGAAGUGCAAACUGACGAGAGCUCUUUCCUCCUGUCAGACAAACUGGAGAGGACAGAGAAUAAGUCUGACAACAUGUCUGAAGACCAUUCUAUGCCUAAUGAAUCUCAUAAUGCAGACUCAAACUCAACCGAUAGAAAGCAACCUGACUUCCCUUCAAUUGACUUUACAACCUUUGAACAAAAGUGAUAAUGUGAUCAACCCAACAGAACCAACGAUAAUCAAAAAUCGUAGAGACAUUGAUUAUGAUGUUCAAGGUGAUGAAGACGUUAGUCAAAUUGAUGCAUUAUGGGAUACAGCCCAAAAUAAUGAAUGGUAUAAAUGGGCAGCCUUUACAGCUAAAGAAACAGGAAAAGAAAAUUGCUUGCUGUGCUCCAAAUCUCCGUUAAACAAAGUAAUAGCCAUACCAAAUCCAUAUGACUACCGAAAAUGUGCCCAAUUUGGAAGAAACUUUUGUCAUUUAACAGAUUUUACCAGGCCAUAUUGUAUUGCCGAAUGCCUCGGAUUUUUAGGAAAUCCUAAAUUAACAGAUUCCAAGAGGAAUUCCUAAUAAAUUCAAGGCAAGAAGUGAAAUAAAAGGAGGUUUCGAGUCAAUCCUGGUUUGGAUCACACCAAACAAAAAUACAGAGUGGAUUAAUUAUAUCUAUUAUAAUCAACAAAGAUUCAUUAAUUAUACUGAUGAGGCUUUAACUUUACUAGGCGACCAAGUGCAUGCAACAAGCAGAAUGACAUGGCAAAAUAGACAGGCUCUUAAUUGGCUCUUGGCAGACAAAGGAGGAGUUUGUGUUAUGUUUGGAGAUCAAUGUUGUACAUUUAUCCCAAAUAACACCGCCCCUGGAGGAGCUUUCAGUGAAGUUAUGACAAAAAUUAGAAAAUUAAGAAAUGAAAUUACAACAAAUGCCGGAAGAGACCAACACAUUUGGGAUUGGAUUGAUGUGAAAUUUGGAGCAUGGGGAGCAUGGUUUGUUAAACUAGGAAUGUUUUUAGGAGUUGCCAUAUUAAUAGGAGGAUUAUUAUUUUGCUGUGUAUUACCUUUAUUAAGAUCAUUAAUCAUCAAUGCUACUGUUAAGCAAAUGGGAGUGAUAAAAGUCCCAAUUAAUCAACAAAGGAUCAUUGAAAAGAGUCUGGAGGAAUAUUAUGAAGGAUGGCUAAACAAACUGAACUUGAAUGAUCAAACUUUGGACGAUAGUUCUAUCAACUCUGAGGAUGAUGAAGAUGUCUAAGGGUUAACCAUACCCUGGAUAUAAGUGCCAGUUGAACUUUGGCCCAGGGAGGCUCUCUACGAUACAUAAAGUAUCUGAGCCGAAGAUCAACUUUUAUAAUCUUGUGAUAUUCAAUUAUUGAUGUAAUGUAUGUAUUUUAUGUCUUUUAUACAUAACUGUGAUAACCACAGGCAAGUGCUGAACCAAUUACACGCUCACGCUUUUAACAUUGUGUACUAUUAAAGAAGGAAUUUGGGAGACUGGAUCUUUUACUCCCUCCUCGUCAAAUAAGGAGAGAGAUGUUUGGUCCAGUAAUCCCUCAGAGUGGAAUUCCAUAAUCUAGUCACUGGUGAUAAUACAAUGUGACUUAUUUAGUCACUAGGUAGUGUAACUAAUAUGACUGGAUUAUGGAGUAGCACUCUGGAUAAGAAUAAUCAAAUGUGAGACUUAUUAAGUCUCAAAGGGGAGAAUAUGUGGAAGAUUUUUAUUAGUAAAGUUUCAAUUAAUCAAGUAUAUAAUCAAUGUGAAUCUAGCCAUUUUUGUUUUAAAGUUAUUAUUCUAUUAAACUCUUACAGGCCUAAAAUCUAAUAGACAAGUUGCCUAUGCCCUGGAAUGCACAGAGAGAAGCAUAUGGUCAGACAUACCUUAAAGGCCUCCCCUCCCCUUGUGAUUUAUGAUGGUCUAAAAGGAGACAUGUCUAUGUGGGACCGCCCCAUGUAUGAUGUAUAUAAGGAAAAACCAAAUAACGCACGGGAGAGUUCCUUGCAACGUCCUCUCGACUUUGUUUUGUUUAAAAUAAAGUCUUUUCUUCGGUGAGAAA